AUGGCUGAUACAAAAACUGCUAUCCCCAAUGAGGAUGCUCUACCAUUACCAGACACCGAUGUCGGCGAAGUCGAUAUGGUGCGGUACAGAGCGACCGUACCACGAUGGAAACGAGUAUGGCAGCAUAGUUUGACGCAGAUGAUAUUGUUGAGUAUCCAGGCCUUUUGUGGGCCAGCUAUGGCCGAUGCAAUCACUGGUCUUGGUGGCGGUGGUCUUGCAACUCCGCAUAUAUCAAACAUCGCAACAGCAAUUACAUAUGGCCUACUCGCCGUCGUCUGCUUCUUGGGCGGCCCUUUAGUCAACAAGAUCGGUGUGAAAUGGGCCCUCGUUCUUGGAUCAAUGUCAUUCCCUAUUGAGGGAUCUGCAUACUACUGCAAUAGCAAAUUUGGUAAUCAAUGGUACCUCAUCCUCAGCGGUGCUAUCAGCGGUAUUGGAACAGCCUGCUGGUAUGUCGCUGAAGCUGGAGCCAUCAUGACCCUCGCACCGUCAGGUGCCCGUGGAAAGUAUCUAGCCUUGUGGAUCGUCUCGCGGAAUCUUGGCCAGUUGGUUGGAGGUGCAAUCAACCUCUCAAAGAAUCAUGAGAAAGGAGCCGAGGGUGGAAUUUCUCCCGAUACUUAUAUUGCCUUUGUGAUUAUCGAGUCUCUGGCCCUUCCAUUCGCACUAUUGAUCACACCCUUUGAACGCGUCGUUCGAUCAGAUGGCACGAAAAUCGUCACUGCAGAGACUCUUUCAACCAAGCAGGAACUGAAACGCAUUUCAAAGACAAUGACGUCGAAACUCAUAAUGUUGUCUGCCCUCUGGGCUCUAUGGUCAUUCUUCUACUCAGGCACAUGGUCCACCUACCUGGGAACCUACUUCUCAGUACGCUCCCGCGCCCUCUCGUCUCUAAUCUCUCCAUUCUUCUGCAUAAUCGGCUGCUUCGGCCUCGGCUUCAUCCUAGACCUGAAAAGCCUUAGUCAACGUCGCCGCGCCCAAAUAGGCCUCUACAUAGUGGUCACCCUCAAUGUCGGCGUCUAUAUUUGGUCAAUCAUCAUGCAAACAAGAUUCAACAGACAUGACCCGGGCAAGAUUGACUGGGAUGACGGGCUCUAUGCCUCGUCCUUCUUGCCCUAUUUCUUUAUCCAGACUACCGGUCCUUUGUCGCAGUCUUAUAUGUAUUGGCUUUUGUCUUCUUUUGCGACUGAUGCUCAGGAAAAUGUCCGCAAUGGAGCUGCAUUUAGGUGCAUCGAAGCUAUUGGUCAGGCUAUUGCCUAUGGGAUGAAUACUCAGACGACGAGUGAUCCUCUUGUUGGAUUCUGUGUGACUUUCGCUUUACUGGGAGUUGCUUUGGCUCCUAUGAUCAUGCUGGUGAACACCACGCCUGAUCGUAUUCCUGCUGAUGUUGUUGCUGAGCAGCAGAAUGCGGCUCUCGAGAAGAGAGUUGCUGUAUAG